UUUUAUUUUAUUUGAUAAUAGAAUAAAAAAAAUAUUAUUUGUUACUUGUGAGUUACACUAGACUGUAGCUCAUUGGUGGCUAUAUACAGAUUGCUCAAGGCUUUUAAAUAAUUUCUUCAAGCUUCGCAAGGAUCACGUCAGGGAAUAGCACCAUCAAUGAAUGCAUGGUGGAACCCAAUCACCCUGAGAGGGGACGCAUGCAGAGUAAGAUUGAAAAAAAAUUUCCUAUCAAUGAAUGCUGGUUGUCUUGUACCCACCGGCACAGCACGCCCUUACUUGAUUGGGGUUAUUCACGUCAUAUAAAAUACAAAUUCCUAGAAAUGGCAUGCUAUUGAUUCAGUUUCAGAGACACAAGGACAGCCAGAGUGAUCCACGUUCACCCAUUAUUCCUACUAAAUUAAUUUCUAGAAUAAUCUAAUAAAAUUUUCAACUUUUUACAUUUAACAACUCAGGCCACAAGUUCAGUCCACCAUUAUAAUAAAGUUUUGAACAGUCUCACGUUUCUCACUUUUCUUUUGUUUGAGCUGUGAAAGAAGCAGCCAUGGAAGCUCUCGGAGCUUCCGCAGUUCCUUCUUUUCACAUCCGAACAACACUCUAUAAAACCAAAUUGAGAAGGCCCAUGUUCUUAAAUUUUCAUUCCAAUCCAACACCCAGUUCAGCUUUCUCAUUAGUCCACAAAAAACAAUCAAAGUUCAAGGUUUUUAACACCAUAUCAUCCACGGUUUCAACGAAACCCACAAACCCACCUGAGCCAGCCCUUGAAACUCACAGUCAAGGUGAGAAAUUUGAUUGGUAUUCACAAUGGUACCCUGUUAUGCCAAUCUGGGACCUGGACAAGAGGAGGCCACAUGCAAAAAAGGUGAUAGGUCUUGAUGUGGUUGUGUGGUGGGAUAGGAAUGAGGAAACUUGGAAAGUGUUUGAUGAUAGGUGUCCUCAUCGGCUGGCUCCAUUGUCUGAAGGGAGGAUUGAUCAGUGGGGCAGGUUGCAGUGUGUGUACCAUGGUUGGUGUUUUAAUGGUUCUGGCAACUGCAAGUUCAUCCCUCAAGCAAAUCCUGAUGGCCCUCCGGUGCACACAGCCAAGAAAGCAUGUGUAGCUGUUUAUCCAAGUACUGUGCAGAACAAAAUAGUUUGGUUUUGGCCAAACUUGGAUCCCCGAUACAAAGAUAUUCUUGUGGAGAAGAGACCCCCCUACAUCCCAGAAAUAGAUGAUCCUUCAUAUACUAACUUAAUGGGAAAUAGAGAUAUUUCUUAUGGAUAUGAGAUAUUGAUUGAGAAUCUUAUGGACCCUGCUCAUGUUCCUUAUGCGCAUCAUGGAAUAUUGGAAAUUCUACCAUCCAAAAACAGAGUGAAGGCUGAUAGAGAGGGGGGCACACCACUUGAAUUUAUGAUUGAAAAGUUAGACAUCAAUGGGUUCAAUACAUUUCAGUUUCAGGAAUGGAACAGAACCAAUUUUAUUGCCCCAUACCUGUUUUGUGCAUGUCUUAAGCCUGGGGAUCAAGCUAAUGGAUCUGAAUCAUCAGCUGGAACCAGAAAGGUAAAUUCUUAAGAGGAAACAAAGCAAACGGGUUUAAAAUUAAUGAAAAGUUAGAGAAAUACAUUGACAAAACAGUCA